CUGCUGCUGCCUCGUGACGUCACGAGAUACCAGGAAGCUGCCGAUCCUCGCGCGCGCUCACUGAGAUCCGAGGUGGACCAAGAUACAUGCAUGAGAAGACUCAGGAUGCCAUGAAGCACUUCAGAAUUGGUCUGAUGGAGCAAAGGCACUCAGCGCAGCUCGGUACAGAAAGGAAACAAUUCGACCAGUAUGCAAACAGCACGGAUUGUACUGGAAAUUUGACAAAGCACCAGAGAACUCACACAGGGGAGAUUCCCUUCAAGUGCAGUGUGUGCGAUAAAGCGUUUCCAAAGUCCUCACAACUUAAAAGACAUCAGAGAACACACACAGAAGAGAAACCUUUCAAGUGCACUGUGUGUGAGAAGGCAUUUGUACAGUCAUCAGGUCUUCAGACCCACCAGAGAACACACACGGGAGAGAAACCCUUCAAGUGCAGUGUAUGUGGGAACGCAUUUUCAGAUUCAUCACAUCUUAAAUUACACCAGAGAACACACACGGGAGAAAAACCCUUCAAGUGCAGUGUGUGUGGGAAUGCAUUUUCAGAUUCAUCACAUCUUAAAAGACACCAGAGAACACACACAGGAGAGAAACCCUUCAGGUGCACUCUGUGCGGGAAGCCGUUUACAGUGUCAUCAUCUCUUAAAGAACACCAGAGAACACACACAGGAGAGAAACCUUUCAAGUGCACUGUGUGCGAUAAAGUGUUUACAAAGUCCUCACAUCUUAAAAGACACCAGAGAACACAUACAGGAGAGAAACCAUUUAAAUGCACUGUGUGUGAGAAGGCAUUUGCACAGUCAUCAAGUCUUCAGACCCACCAGAGAACACACACGGGAGAGAAACCUUUCAAGUGCAGUGUUUGUGGGAAGUCAUUUUCAAAGGCAUUUACUCUUAAAAUACACCAGAGAACACACACAGGAGAGAAACCCUUCAAGUGCACUCUGUGUGAGAAGGCGUUUGUACAGUCAUCAGUUCUUCAGAGCCACCAGAGAACACACACAGGAGAGAGACCCUUCAAGUGCAGUGUGUGUGGGAAUGCAUUUUCAGAUUCAUCAAAUCUUCAAAGACACCAGAGAACACACAGUCAUCAGAAGAUCCCCAAGGAGCGGAGUCUGAAAUCGGCUUGUGAAAGUCAAAGUGCUGCAAUGUGCCCAUCCUUAAUGAUAAAAGAACCACGAGAAAAUCCCAGCUUGGACACUUUAAAAGGCAUCAAGGUGAAAUAUGAAGAGGUGAAGGUGAAAUUUGAAGAAGUGAUAGUGGAGAGUGAAGAAGUGAAGGUAAAAUGUGAAGAUGAAAUUUCAACUCCAAAAUCAGACCUUCACAUCGAUGGAUGCAACGUGAAGCAGGAGGAGAUUUCUGACUGUGAGGCAGAGCGAGGCAACUCCCAGCAGUUCGUGGAAGUGGAGGUGUGGGUGGACUUUUUAGACAAUACAAAGUCAAAUAGAGACCUGGUAGAUGUGUAAGCUUGAGACAAUUAAGCUCCAAUAGAUUCACCUUUGUCACAUUCCUUUAAUGAAAUAAUGUAAAGUUGAACACUCAAUUCCUAGGUUCAACCUGCAGAGUAAGAGCGGCCAGUAUUUGUGGACCUGUGGGUUGGGUAGAUGUCUAACCAGGAGUGAGAGCCAAUAAGCUCCCAAGCAUUCACUAUGUUACGAUAAUAAUGUUUGCAUUCAUAUUUUGCUUAAUUGCCCAUAAUAGAGGUUUUUUUUUGGGUUCGAUCGCUCUAAAUAUAAAUGUUUAGUGAAAUCCGCCACUGCGCGAUUUGUUCUCCAACACAUGGGUGUGCUGUACUCGUGUAGUGUAAUAAUGCGACUGUUGUCCAGCAAUGGCAACUGCGGUGGACAAAUAGGACACACGCCAGUGAGCAUAUACACGGGUGUGUCGGCAGGGCUUAGGAACUGGGGCAAGGUUGACUGAAGACCCCAUUUGGAAGCUCCUGGAACCUGCUAGUGGGUUCAACAAGGGAGGUGCGGCCAGGGCGGAGCCAGGCCGUGCUGGAUUGCAUCAAAGUAGCAGAGUGGGAGCUCAGGGCUGCCGGUUCUGGGAGUGGGCUCGUCUCGUCAUCGCUGUCAUCUUCGCCGCCUUCGUCGCUGCAGUCUUCGCUGGAUAUUGCGCGCCCGGAUAGUUGUUGGCUGUCUCGGUCAGCGUCAUCGGUGUUACAUGGUCAGGGUUGUGUAUAAGCUAGGCUAGACGACUUGGGAGAGUGCAAUGGCGAACCUGUGAACCUGUGAAGGUGUUAAGAAAGAAGGUGCCCCCCUUAGAAACCUUGUCUCCCGCUACGCCAGGGGUGUCGAACUCAAUUUAAACUUGGGCCGCAUCAUGAUUAUGGGUGCCCUCAAAGGGCUGGUUGUAUCUGUAAGACUAUAUAAAUGUGUCUACUCUUUAUCAUAUUAAAUAAUUGCCUCUG